AUGCUAGCACUGGUGGAGACCCCAGAGGCACCAAAUCAUGAUCUCAAGAGCGAUAUCAAGAGCGAUAUCAAGAGCGAUAUCAAGAACGAUCUCAAGAACGAUUAUAAGGAGCUCAAGGCGUGGUUGGCUCGGUCCAACUGCCAGCAUCUACUUCAACGCUUUUCAGAAAACGGCAUCACUUUUGACCUUCUUCCAGAGUUGGAUUCCUUCAGCUUGAAAGAGUUGGGCGUCGCGAGACUUGGCGAUCGACUACGACUCGAGAUUGCCAUCAAUAAUUUAAAGACCGAGAAGUUGAAGCUGUACAUUGACGUUGACGAGUUGUACAAGAAGUUGAGUCUUGAAUCGGACUACUUUGCGCGUGCGACUACGCCCAAUACGGGGAAUUUUCUAGCCUCAAGUGAGGAUCUUUUGAGCCAAGGCGCUCAAGCAGGCGUCGGUGGUGGCGUGAACAGCAGCAGUGGCAGCGGCAGCAGUGGCGCAGCAGCUAAUGUCUCGGGAACGAACGCAGCAGCUGCUAAGGACUCAAGCAAGCUUAUUACUUUCAUCUUGCAGGAUGGCAGUGUUAAAAGAGUUAAUGUCACGGGUUGUUUCAAUGCACAGGCAAUCAAGAGAAAAGUGUCCAAGAAACUAGGGUUUAAAACGCAAGAAACACAAUUUGACACUUUUAUACACACUGGAAGCCACGAGCGGAAGGGCACGAUAGACCAAGACAAGCACGAUGCAGUUGUAAUGUUAUACGAUGUGGAAUUAGUGACGAUUUGCUACUCGCCCGAGAGAUUGGAGAAGCAUCGCAUUAUCUUGGUCCCCAAGAAUGAGACUCCGACGCAAGCUGCUAUUGAAACCUCCACGUAUAUCAUGGAGAAAUACGAAAGAUCUUUGAAGAGACAAAGCCUGGACAAUGAAACUUCCCGGGGCGGACAAAAUCUGGUGGAUUAUGAGACAAGGACUCAACGGCUGAAUUUGCGAAAUUUCUUUGGCCAGCGACCACCGAGCGAGUUGAUCUCGUCCAACUUGGCUGAAUACUUCCCCGACACGGGGCAGAAAGAUCUCGAGCAAACGGUGAGAAACUCGGUGCGGCACAGCGUGAGAAUGACCAGGUUCAACAUGCUGAUGGGGGGAUUGAUGUGUUCUGGUUCAAGUGUCCACAACCGCAGUUCAAUGGUGUCACAGGGCAGGAUGAGUGUUUACUCUGGCGGGCUGGGAAGCUCGAGACGUGCUCCAAGAACGAUUGGAGACGUGGUGGUGAGCAACAUCACCGCCAUAGAUGAAGCUGUUCAUGUUCCUGACUCUUUAAAAGUGUUUGGCCAAUCAACAACAAGUUUGAACCUGGAUCUGACGCUCAAGAUGCAACCACCCUUUGCUGCUUCACAAUUCCAUCGGCCUCCUCACGCAGGACAACAGCAGGAGCAGCAGCAGCAGCAGGAUGCUCGAUCAAAUGCAUUUUUCCAGAAUAUUGACGGCACAAAGGCAUUGCGCCGUAUUUCCGUUGUUACCACAGGCAGUAGAGGCAGCAGCAACACGACAAACACACGCCUUUCCACGAUAGAGUUAAUGAAUGCUAGCGAAUUAGAAGAAGAAGAAAUGGAGGAUGGUGUUGCUGAUGAUGAUGAUGAUGAUGACGAUGAUGCGUAUGGUGACUUGAUCGAUGAGAUGGAAAGGAAAGUCCCCAACAAUUGGCUAAGGGGGGCCAAGAUUGGAUCAGGUAGCUUUGGCACUGUAUAUCUCGGAAUGAACCCAUUUACGGGGGAGUUGAUGGCAGUCAAACAGAUACCGUUGAGUCGCGAGCCGACGAUCAAAACUAAAUGCCAGACUAAAGCUAAAGACAACCAAGACGAAACCGAGGGAAAUGCGCAAGCAAGCAAUAGUCAUGCCGAGAGCAUCCAGAAGGCGAUGAUGGAGCAACAGAGAGAGAUGACCUUGUUGAAAGAAUUGGACCAUGAGAAUAUUGUGAGGUAUCUUGGAAAUUCCAUGGACGAGCAGUUUUUGAACAUAUACUUGGAAUACGUCCCCGGCGGCUCGGUUCAAACCAUGUUGAACUCAUAUGGUCCCUUUGAAGAACCGUUGAUUCGAAAUUUUAUACGACAGGUUUUGAUUGGGUUAAACUAUUUACACGAGCAAGAUAUCAUACAUAGAGACAUCAAGGGAGCCAAUAUUCUCAUUGACAUCAAGGGAACAGUCAAGAUUGGCGAUUUCGGCAUUUCUAAAAAGAUCAGCACGAUGGAAAAAGAGGACGAGAAUUUUAAAAAGACGGGUAAGCGAGCCUCGUUGCAAGGAUCGGUGUUUUGGAUGGCACCCGAGGUAGUCAAGCAGACUGCAUACACCAAAAAGGCGGAUAUCUGGUCCGUGGGAUGUCUAAUCGUUGAAAUGUUCACGGGGCGACACCCGUUCCCCGAGCUCAGUCAAAUGCAAGCUUUAUUUAAGAUCGGGAACCACAUCAAGCCACAAGUUCCCGAGUGGAGCACGCAAGAAGCCAAGGAGUUCUUGAUGAAGACUUUUGAACUGAACUACGAAAAACGGCCUCACGCUGUGGAAUUGCUCAGUGACCAGUUCUUGAACUCGUUAAUCAUGUCGAAGCAAUAA